AUGGCUAUAGCAGAAAUCGUUAUUUCUGCGUUCGUCUCUUUGUUGUUUAAGAAGAUGGCCUCUGUUGAUCUGCUCAACUUUGUGCGCCAAGAGGGCAUUGAGGAUCAGUUCAAGAAGUGGAGAAGAACACUGUCAAAAAUCCAAGCAGAUUUGGCCUAUGAUUUGGAUGAUUUAGUGGACGAGUUCUCCACGGAAGUUCUCCGACGCAAGCUGACGGCAGACCCUCCAGCUAGGACUAGCAAGGUAUGGAACGCCAUCCCAACUUGUUGUACUAAUUUAAAGCCAACUACUAUCCUGUUUAAUGCUCAGAUGAAGUCCAAGAUAGAGAGUAUCACUAGCAGAUUAAAUGAUAGCUUUAAUCAAAGCGUGGAUCUUAAAUUGGAAAAGAUUGUUGGAACAAUUUCUGGCCAGACUUGGCGGAGACGAGAGACAACAUCUAUUAUGCAUGAGACUCAAGUUUAUGGCAGGGAACAGGACGAGAAACGGCUAAUUGAGAUGCUUCGCCAGAAUGAUUCAAGUCAGGGCAAAGUUGGAGUAAUUCCCCUGGUGGGUAUGGGAGGGGUUGGUAAGACUACCUUGGCUCGAAUGGCGUACAAUGAUCCGAUUGUGAUGAAAGCUUUUGAUCUGAAAGCAUGGGCCUAUGUGUCAGAUGAGUUUGAUAUUAUGAGAAUCACAAAGGUAAUUCUGGAGUCAGUGACUUCGCAGAGUUGUGUCUUUACCAGCUUGGAUAAAGUUCAAGGUGAAUUAAAAAAUGCUUUGACUGGGAAGAAGUUCUUAAUUGUUUUAGAUGAUAUUUGGAACAAAAAUCAUGGCGACUGGAUUGCUUUGAAAAGCCCAUUCAACCACGGUGCCCAAGGGAGUAAAGUCUUGGUGACAACACGCAACAGAGACAUUGCAAAAAUGAUGGGAACCGUUAAAUUUCAAGAGGUCAGCCUCCUAUCUCCAGAAGAUUGCUGGUUAUUAUUUGCACAAUAUGCCUUUGAGAACAAUAGUAUGAAUGCAAAUCCAAAGUUGGUUUCAAUUGGUAAGCAAAUUGUGGAGAAAUGUGGAGGUUUGCCUUUGGCUGCUAGGACGAUUGGUGGCCUUUUGCGACGCAAAGAACAGGAGGAAGAAUGGGAAGUAGUAUUAAAUAGCAAUAUAUGGAAUUUAUCCAAAGAUGAAAAUGAUAUUGUCCCUGCAAUAAGAUUAAGCUACCAUUAUCUCCCUCCACAUUUAAAGCAAUGCUUUGCAUAUUGUGCUAUAUUACCUAAGGACUAUGAAUUUGAUGAGAAGGAGCUCAUUUUGUUGUGGAUGGCAGAAGGUUUCAUUCAGCAACAAACAGAACAGGAUCAAUUGGAAGACAUAGGAGCAUUUUACUUUCAGGAACUGGUGUCUAUGUCCUUUUUCCAACUAUCUAAUAGUACAAUUUCAAAAUUUGUAAUGCAUGACCUCAUCAAUGAUUUGGCUUGUGAAGUUGGAAGAAAGUCAUGUUUUAGACUAGAGGGCAUCCUAAAGGAUGGGGAGCAGCAUAGAAAUCUAAUGAAGGCUCGGUAUGCAUCAUAUAUGCAAGGUCAUCAUGAUGGGAUGGAUAAAUUUAAGACCUUUUACCAUGCCGAGAAUUUGCGGACCUUCUUACCCUUUUCCUUGAAUAAUGAAUAUUGUUAUUUGAGAAGGAGUGUUCCCUCUGAUCUAUUGCCAAAGCUAAGCUACUUGAGAGAACUGAGUUUGAGAAAAUAUAAAAUUAAAGAAAUUCCAAGUUCAAUUGGCAAUUUGAAACAUCUGCGGUAUAUUGAUCUUUCCUGCAGCCGCAUUGAAAGCUUACCAGACUCAUUUGGUGACCUUUACAAUUUGCAGACUCUGAAUCUUGAAGGAUGUAAUUAUCUCAAUAAGAUUUCCAUGUACAUGGGAAAGCUAACCAAACUACGCCACCUUUCUCUUCCUAGUUCUCUAAAAGAAAUGCCACUAGGGAUUGGUAAGCUAACAAGCUUGCAGACGUUGUCUCACUUCAUCAUUACGAAAGGAAAUGGGUCUCGAAUAAAGGAACUUGGAGACUUGAAUCAUCUUGGAGGGGCCCUUUGUGUUUCUGGAUUAGAAAACAUAGUUAACGUUGAAGAUGUACGGAAAGCCAAUUUGAAAAACAAACUAAGAUUGAGCAAAUUAUCAUUGUUAUGGAGUGAGACUUCAGAUGAAUUACAAGAUCAAAGUGUAAGAGCAAAAGUUUUUGAUGUUCUACAACCUCCCAAGAAUUUAAGAGAGUUGCUUAUAAGUGGCUACCAUGGAAGAAGUUUUCCAUAUUGGAUGGGAGAUCCUGUAUUCUCAAGCAUGGAGACUGUAAGUUUGGAAAGCUGUAGAAAUUGCACGUGCUUGCCGCAAUUGGGACGACUACCAGUACUUAAGAAGGUUUUCAUUAAAGGAAUGGUAGCAGUGCAGUGUGUUGGACGUGAAUUUUAUGGGCAAGACUUUGCCAAGCCUUUCCCACUACUGGAAGAACUAAGCUUUGUAGAUAUGCAGGAAUGGGAAGAUUGGCAAACAGGUGAAGAUGCUAUGGGAGUUCAGCCCUUUGCUUGUGUCAGUGAGCUUGUUAUUAAGAAUUGUCCCAAUCUGUUGAGAAAAUUGCCAGGCAAUCUCCCCUGUUUAGAAACUCUUAUGAUUGAGAAAUGCCCUCAGUUGCAAGUUGAAGCCUCAAAGCUCAAUUACCCAUCACUCACCUCCCUAUCCAUGAAAGAUGUUCCACUUCCAAUCCUUUCUAUUGAUGUGAUGGCAAAAGUCCUAGGGCACAAUUCCCUUGCCUCUUUAGAUAUUGGAGGCUUUCCAGUUCCUAACUUUUUUUCUAAUCCAAGCAGAGAUGAUGAAAUAAUAUUGGAAAGUACAGUGUGUAAGCAUUUAAGUGUGGGAACUAAUUUGGAAAUCGAGAAUGUUCAAAAACUUGCUUUUUUGCCCAAAUGGUUUACUCAAGUGUUGACCAAAGUUGAAAAACUGAGCAUAAGAAAAUGUGAUGGACUUUUAACGCUAUGGAAGAACAAUGGGAGGCUGGCACAUUCUCUGCAAGGACUUAGGCAUUUGAAGAUUGAAUCAUGCAGCCUGCUUGUUUCCUUGUUUGAAGGAAAAGAAUAUGAAAGCAAAAGGCAAGAGCAACAGCAGCUUGAUGUGUUGCUUGGGCUUGAGGUUUUGUUAAUAAGUGAAUGCGAAAAGUUAGAGACAUUGCCACAGGGAUUGCACAACUUCAUGUCUCUUAGAGAGCUAACUAUAUGUCGAUGCCACAAUCUCGUGAAUUUUCCAGUGCAUGGUUUUCCUUGUACAUUGAGAAAACUCUAUAUUGUGAAAUGCGAUGCCUUGAAGUGGUUGCCUGGAUGGAAUAAUCUUGAGGAUUUACAAGUUGAGCAUUGUAAAUCACUUGAGUACUUAAUACCGUCAAGCGCUAGGUUACCAUCGACAUUAAGACACAUUCGGAUUGGCGAUUGUGAAAAAAUGUUAGCAUUGCUACGAGAGGAAGAAGGACUUGUCAGCUUUCCGUGUCUCGAGUAUUUUGCACUUAUUGAUUGUGGAAGCUUGAAAUUCUUGCCUGAUGCGAAUUUGGACAAUAUAAUGACAAAACUACUAUUGUCGGAUCUCUUAUCAAAUGCGGAGCUCACUUCCCUUGAAUGUCUCCAUAUCAAAGGAGGAAUUGAAGUCUCGUUUUUAAUGGAGAAAAACAAUUUCCUCUCUAACCUCACAGUUCUGUCUUUGGAUAAGGUGAAUACAAGGAUGCCACCAUCAGAGUGGGGUCUACAUACACUCUCUUCUCUUGAAACUCUUCGUCUAAUUGGGCCCAUUGUUAUUGAAGAGUCAGAAACAAAACAAAUGGAGGUGGAUAAGAAAUGGACUAGCUUUCCAUUCCAUGGCAUGCUGUUGCCCACCUCUCUAACCACCCUGGUGAUCCGUUAUUUCAACAAUCUGGAGGCUCUAUCUCCCCAGUUUCAACAACUCACUUCUCUUGAAUGGCUUUAUAUUGAGAAAUGCCCCAUGCUUUCAUACUUUCCAAAGCAAGGGUUACCUUGCACUUUGUUGAUGCUUUGGAUCGUUGAUUGUGCAAAAUUAGGAGUGAUGUGUCAAAAAGGGAAAGGCAAAUACUGGCCCUUAAUCCACCUCAUACCUGAAGUCCGCGUAGAACAAUGA